CAGAGAGUCCUUCGUUUAAGGCAAUCAAACAAGAUGGAAAGCUUAAAUCAGACCACAGUGACAUUUUUCAUUCUUAAAGGCAUUAGCGAUGUCCCCAAGCUGCAGGUUCCAAUCUCUCUCCUGGUUCUGCUGAUUUAUCUCAUCACCCUUGGUGGUAACAUGACAAUUCUUAUGCUCGUCUGUUGGGACCCUAAGUUACACACCCCCAUGUACUUCUUCCUGUGUAACCUCUCAUUGUUAGAUAUGAUGUCCAGCACAGCAACCCUGCAUAGAAUCUUUGCAAACUUCUUCUCAGGAAGCAACAAAAUCUCUGUAUUUAGUUGUAUGACUCAAAUUUUUAUGUUUCUAACCUUGACUACUGAUCAGUUGCUGCUACUGACAGCGAUGAGCUUUGAUCGAUAUGUUGCCAUCUGUUACCCAAUGCAUUAUGCCAUGUUUAUGAAUCGGACAGUCUGCACUUUAUUGGCCAUUGCCAGUUGGCUGUUGGGUGUUGUGGAGAUCACACCAAUUUUCUGGACAAUUUCAAGAUUUACUUGUUAUAGAGGCAAUGAAAUCAACCAUUUUUUAUGUGAUAUUAUACCUCUUAUUAAACUAUCUUGUAACGACACGUCUUUUUUGAAGACCUAUCUGUUUAUCGAGGGCUAUUUUGUUGGAUGUCUCUGCCCAUUUCUCUUGACUUUCAUAUCUUAUGUCUUCAUAAUUGUUACAAUUUUAAAGAUUCGUUCCAAAAUUGGGAGGCGUAAAACAUUCUACACUUGCUCCUCCCAUCUCACAGUCGUCGUUUUUCUUUACGCAACCCUUGUUAUUCAGUAUCUCAGGCCAAAUUCAGAAGACACCUUGGAGUCCAAUAAACUAUUUUCUCUCUUCAACACAGCAGCCGUCCCUAUGCUAAAUCCUCUGAUAUACAGCCUUAAAAAUAAAGAUGUGAAGUCAGCAUUAAAACAAAGGCUAAAAAUGUGUAAAUGA